AUGGCCUCGGCCACACCCACCCUCAAGCUCAAGCUCUCCAUGCCCAAGCGACCGGCCUCUAGCCCUCCCUCGCAGGCCAAAAAGGCCAAGAAACAAGCUCAGCGCGAUUCUGCCCACACCACCAAAAGUCAUCAGUACCGUGAAAAGGGUAGCGAAGAGGAACUAGCUGAAGAUGAGCUCCUUGUGCGUUUGGACGAAGACAACGAACAAGUUGCACUCGCUCGCUCACGUAAGAAACACAGUCAUGGGCCUGACAACGACGAGGACUAUUCUGAAGUUGACGACGACGAUGACGAGGACGUUGACGAGAAUGACGAUGAGGACGACGACGACGACGACGACGACGACGACGACGACGACGAUGAUGAUGAUGAUGACGAUGCCGAUGAAGACGACGACGAGGUCGAAGAAGAGUUUGCCAGACAACGCAAUAAAAGCAAACAAAAGGGUCGUGCCAAGAAAACACGAGCAGCCCCUGUCAAGCAGGAAGAGCUGCCUGCCAGCAGCCUCGAAGACUUGUUGGGAGAUAACAUGGACCAGGCGCUGGCCCAGCUCGAAGCGAACAACGAGCGCUCGCGUCAACACCGUAACCCUCUGGCCAGCAAACAAAGACGCCGCAAGUCCAUCAAGGCUAUCAAAGGGUUUUCUUCAGAAAUGAAGGCUGCUCAACGGCGGGAGCGCCGUCGACAAGUUGACCUUGGGGAUAUUGAUAACCAACCAAGCAGUGAGUCAAACUCGAGUGAGGAUGAAGAUUCGACGGAACCCAACGCAGACAAACGCAUCAGUGUCAAGCUCAAAACCAAGACAGAACCGAGUGACGUGGAUCCCGGUGCUACUCCCAAGGCGCCGACCCUUAAAAUUCGCAUGGGCGAUGCCAAAGGUGCCAAUAAUAGUGCCGACCAUCUCUUGGAUGAGCUCUUCAAGGAUCUUGAUUCAGAUCUUGGGGUGGAGGACGGCGCCGCGUCCUUGCUGGAAGAUGCCUACACCCUUCCCGAGGUUGUUGAGGACGACGAGGACGAGGAUGUGAUCAUCACCAAAGAGCCAGCUAUCCUUAUCGAAUCAGAUGAGGACGAGGACGUGAACACCACCUAUCGCCAGCUUCGCGUCAACAAGAAACGAUUGCAUCUUGAUGACCGCUAUAAUCGAGGUGAUUUGCAGGGUGUCCAGGUUAACAUCAACAAGCCUGAGCACGAGGAAGUCGUGCGCCUAGCCCCAGAAAUUGCAGCCUUGCUCAAGCCCCACCAGAUUGGCGGUGUGCGGUUCAUGUGGGAAAACAUUGUGGGGCGCCUUGAAUAUCAAGGCGACGACAAAGCCUUUGGAUGCAUCCUGGCCCAUGCCAUGGGUUUGGGAAAGACACUUCAGGUCGUGACGUUUACCGAAGUAUUCCUGCGAGCUACGCCGGGCAAGUACGCCAUUAUCAUCACACCUGUCAACACGCUUGGCAAUUGGGAAAACGAAUUUCACAAAUGGUUAACGCGAAGCUCCAUGCCUAAUAUCUUUCCCGUCAAUGCGCGCAAGAUGGCUGAGCGUCGCAAAAUUGUCAUGGAUUGGCGCAAAGCCGGCGGCGUUCUGCUCGUGGGCUACGAGAUGAUGCGCAAGUUUUUUGUUGGCGACGAGUUCAAGGUCAAAAAGCGACGCAGCGACUUUCGCGCGCCUGCCGCCCCCACUGUGGACGAGGACAAAGAAAUGAUUCAUGCUUUGCUCGACCCGGGGCCCGAUUUGGUCAUUUGUGAUGAAGGCCAUCGCAUCAAGAAUGAUAAGACGGCCAUCAAUCAACUGCUCAAGCGUUUCAAGACCCCACGCCGCGUUGUUCUCACCGGUUCGCCGCUGCAGAACAAUCUUGAAGAGUAUUGGUGCAUGGUCGAUUUUGUUCGCCCCGAUCACCUUGGCUCGAUAGAUGACUUUCGCAACAUGUUUGUCAACCCCAUCAACAACGGUCAAUGUAUCGAUAGUACAGACAAAGAUAUCAAGCUCAUGAAAUACCGCAGUUAUGUUCUACAGCAACUGCUAGCACCCUUUGUACAGCGUCGCGAUGACGCCGUUUUGCGCGCAAGCCUGCCACAGAAGAACGAGUACACCAUCAGCGUGCGAUUGAGCAAGUGGCAGGCCUUUUUGUACUUUACGUUGAUGCAAUACGUCCGGCAAGCGCAGUCCUUGCGACUCUUUCACAUGUACACCACGGCUGCGCUCAUCUGGAACAACCCAGAUGCCCUUUUCUUGACCAUGCUCAAAGCACGCGAGUCUGCGCACAUGAAGAGAUCUGACGACAUGCAGCGCCAGCGCGAGCAGAACGAGGAGCAUCUGAUGAAGAGCUUGACACCCGAGGAUCGUAACCUUCUCGAGGCCCUGCUUCAGGCCUGGCCGAUCAAAAGCCGCGACUUGGAGGAAAUGGGCUGGGCUGAACGACUGUUUAUGCAAUACAAGUAUUUACCCUUUAUCACGGAGAACGCAUUCAAGUUCAAACUCUUGAUGGAGUGCAUUGUUCCCAAGGCUGUGGAAUUACAGGAGAAGGUGCUUAUUUUCUCGCAGUCCAUCCCAGCACUGGACCUUCUAGAGCAGUAUCUGGCCCGCGUGAACGUGCCCAACAGUAACGAGAGGUGGGAAAAGGACAAGCAUUAUUUUCGCCUCGAUGGCAGCACGCACGCCACCAGUCGAACCAAGCUCAUCGAGGACUUUAACGACACGGACGUCAACGACAACUGUCACCUCUUCCUGUUGUCUACCCGGGCCGGUUCGCUGGGCAUCAACCUGACAGCCGCCAACCGCGUUGUCAUCCUGGAUGCAAGCUGGAAUCCCACGCAUGACUCGCAAGCUGUUUGUCGAGUUUAUCGCUAUGGGCAAAGCCGCAACUGCCAUAUCUAUCGUCUCAUUGCCUCGGGCACCAUGGAAGAGACCAUUUACAAUCGCCAAAUUCACAAGCUCGGGCUGUCACAGCGAGUCGUUGAUACUGAGAAUCCGGAACGACUGUUUACCACAGAGCAGCUGGAUGAAUUUUACACCUAUCGCGCUCCCCCGGCAGUGGAGGAGAUCGAUGCCACAGACCCUACCGGUGGUGCAGACCCCAUUAUGGCUGCCAUUUGCAGCAAUUUCAAGGAAUGUCUGGCCAAAGCUCCUUUUUCGCACCAGGAUCUGCUCAAGGAUCAAAACGACGAGCAACUUACGCGCGAACAAAUGGAAGACGCCAAGAAAAGCUUUUCUCGAGAGCGCGCAACUCAAAAGCAACAGGCCCGUCAGCAGGCAGAAGCUAAGCGCAUCGUUGCACAAGGAGGUGCUGCACCUCAGCUCGGUCGUGAUGCCGGGACAUAUGCGUAUGGCGUGACCGGUGGCUACAUGAUGGGAUCCAAUUUUGUACCACGGCAACCUGGGCAUCCUUAUCAAGCCCCAGUCGGUGGGCUAGUGCCUCAAGCGCAUACAUCACCUGCAUACCAUGGUAGCGCACACGCCAUGCAUGCCCGCUACCCCUUUGUUUCCCAGUAUCAACAGCCACAAGCCUACCGCACGCCUAAUGGCCAGCUGGUUUAUGCCCGCCCCGCUCAAAUGGCACGACAACCCAUGAGCGCACCGCAUACGCACCCAUCCUUCCGAGGUGCUACGCCGAGCAUGAGUCGUGCCAGCGGCGCACCUCCUAUGCCCACCCCCUUGACGGGCGUGCCCACUUCCACCACUGGCACCCAUGGCGUGCCACCAACUGCCACCACCCACCCAACGUCGACGUCCAUAUCUGCACCACCUGCGGCUGCACCCGGCACCUCACUACCACAAACUGUGUCGUCUUCCAUCAACGAUAACACGGCUUCUGAAUCGGCGUUGCAACAGCCCGCCUCUGACAGUACUCCGGCCGAGCCGGAACAUGACUUUGAUCGAUUGAUGCAAAUGGAGCUGAACGAUGAUGAUGAUGAAGAAGAUGCUUCCGACACCGCAUUUCCCUCUCUCGCAACCGCCGACUUUGACGAUGAUGAGGACCUAGCACUAGACUUUUAA